GUCAAAACUCAUCACAGAUUCAAGAGCAACAGAAGAAACAGCAAGGUUCGAAAAAGUUGAUUGAGAAAGAGGAGGACAAGCAAGAAGAAAGAUAUUCAAAACAUUACUGGCGUAAUUGUGCUAGUGAUGAAGAGUUGUGUGCUCAAUCGGCAACUGAAGAUGCCGUGCUAGAGAGUAUUACACUAUUACUAGCUAUUGUGCUUAUCAAAGGAGAGACAUCCAAAAAUCUCAAUAUCAUAACAGAGAGCUUAUAG